AUGCUGUUUUCGUUGCUGAGUGGACGCCUUCUGGAAGAAACUGUAGACGAUAAUGAAGCAGCGAAAGAAACUCGCACUGGCAUAGGAAGCUUCAGGCGACAUAUCGAGGAAAGAAAGUCCCUACGCAAAUCGAUGCGUAGCUUCCAAGGCAGUACUAGACAAGUGCCAGAAGUACCAGAAGGCCCACCAACACCCUCAGAGGACGAAGAGGAAAUAUCAGCAGAGGAUGAUUUCCAAUUCGGAAUCUGGCUUCGACAUCGACGAAUCGAUGGCGCGCUCAACAGAGUUCCGAACAAUUUUUAUGCUAGCCUUUGGGACACCGUCAAUCGUUUGCCACAUGGUAUUAAGAUCAAUGACACCAUAUUGCAUUGGGGACUAACACAAGAAAUGACCAGGCGUGAGAUGAAGUUUGCUCUAGAAGUGGAGCAAGCACUGAAUCGAAUUGCUGAGCCGGAAUACAGAGAAAUGGUGGUUGAAGCUUUGUGGUUGCUUGGAAAGAUCGAUAAGCUUGUACAAAGCGAACAACCAAAUUUCCCAAGAGAUCGCCCAUUGGACAUUGAUACGGUACUGCACAAAGCGAAUGAUAUUUUUGUUGAGCACAAUUGCCCGAUACGCUCAGUGGCGGUAGAGAUUCUAACCCGGCUUACCCGUGAAUUGGGCACCAUUGUACUUGAGUGUUGUGCAUCUGGGAAGCAGUGCGAUGGCGCUCGUGGCCUCUGUCGCCAUCUCUACGAUUCUGCUCCUGCCGGAGAAUUUGGAACUAGCCAUUACCUCAUUAGAGCGAUGAUUAUCAUGUACACUUAG